UUCUCUCUCUCUCUCUCUACUUUUGUGUUUGUCUAUCUAUUUACACCAUGGCAGAUGCUCUGAAUGAAGAACAAAUUGUUGAGAUCAAAGAAGCCUUUGGGUUGUUUGACAAAGAUGGAGAUGGGUGCAUUACUGUGGAAGAACUGGCCACGGUUAUCCGGUCAUUGGAUCAGAACCCCACAGAAGAAGAGCUCCAAGAUAUGAUAAAUGAGGUCGAUGCAGAUGGCAAUGGAACCAUAGAAUUUGUUGAGUUCUUGAACUUAAUGGCCAAGAAAAUGAAAGAGACUGAUGCAGAGGAAGAUCUCAAAGAGGCUUUCAAGGUUUUUGACAAAGAUCAAAAUGGUUAUAUUUCAGCUAGUGAGUUGAGACAUGUAAUGAUCAAUCUGGGUGAAAAACUAACUGAUGAGGAGGUGGAGCAGAUGAUUAAAGAAGCAGAUUUGGAUGGUGAUGGUCAAGUUAACUAUGAUGAAUUCGUCAAGCUGAUGAUGAACAUUGGAUGAAACUCUCAACCAACACAUAUUUGUUAUUCAAAUUCAUUUGGCUCUCAAUUUCAUUCCCUCACAAGAAAUAAGUGUUCCUAUUAUUGUUUGUUGUAUUUUUUUACUUGUAGCCAAUGAUGUGAAUGACCAACAUUAGAGUGACAUCUCAGCCACACCACCAUUUGAUUUGUUCAACUCCAACCCAUAAUUAUUCAAUUAAUUCUAGUUCAGUAUAAUAAUGUGCUCUAGUUGGAAAA